CUCUGCCACCACCACCACCCACCCACCCACCCCCUCCACCCACCCCCACCCCCACCCCGCCACCCUUUGAUGGGGGAGAGGAAGCCUGGGGGGACCCCAAGAAUAGCAAUCGCCGCAAGAUCUGCACCCCGAUCCUCAGGAUUAACCCCAGAGGCCCACACUGCGCCCUACGAAAGAGCAGAAGCACCAACCCCGCCACCUUCCUCCUCCCAGUAGUCAAUGCUGGUUUUUCUCUUCUGCAACUAGGACUUUCUCCUCCCGCCCCCAGCCCCAGAUAAACUAAUAUAAUCUAUCUAUAUAAAUAUAUAAUAUAAUAUAUAAUGUUCUUAAAUUAUUCCUGAUUUUAAAAAAAACUGAGCUGCCAAGAAGAAGAAAAACAUAUUCUCCCCUUAGCCCUAUUCUAAUUUUUAUGUGAAUCUAAACUGCUGUAGAAGACCAUAUGUGAUUGUUAAAUUAUAUAUAAAUAUAAAUAUAUAUAGAGAGAAAGAGAGAUAUAUUUUUACUCUGAACAAUGCUUAUUCUUCUACAUCCAUAGAUGCUUGACAAGCUGUGGGUUUGGUGUUUUUUUUUGGUCAUUCAUGUACAUUUUCCUUUGGAAAAAGAAAGCGCCUAUUUUACUAACCAAAGACUUGAUUUUUUACUCUCUGCAUUUUUAUUCCCUCCUACAAAUAAGCCCAAUUGGAUUCAUGUCAAUGUUUUAAGAGCUUUUUUUUAAUUGUUUUCUUUUUUUCAGAGAGACCAUUAUUCCAAAUCAGAGCUUCUUAAGGUGAUCAACUCAGAUCUUUGAGUUAGCUCUAAAUAGACAUUUUCCACAAAACUUCAAUUUGGGCUAUAGGAGGAAAAAAAAAAGGCGUUGAGACAUCUGGUUGUCUUUUAAAAUUUUUUAAUUGUGGGAUUCUGAUCCUAAAAAUAAUAAAUGGGGGAUUACGGGUUUGGAGUGCUAGUACAAAGCAAUACUGGGAAUAAGUCUGCUUUUCCAGUUCGAUUCCAUCCACAUCUACAGCCUCCGCACCAUCAUCAAAAUGCCACCCCCAGCCCAGCUGCUUUUAUAAAUAAUAACACAGCCGCCAAUGGCAGCAGUGCUGGGUCGGCGUGGCUCUUCCCUGCGCCAGCCACCCAUAAUAUUCAGGAUGAGAUCUUGGGGUCAGAAAAAGCAAAAAGCCAGCCACAGGACCAGCCGGACCCACUAGAAAAGCAGCCGCUCUCCUCGAGUCCAGGUCAAGAAGUAUUACCUGACACGGAGAAGGUGAAAACAGAGGAGAGCCAAGGGGACAAUUCUUCGGAAAAUGGCAACGGGAAGGAGAAGAUCCGAAUUGAAUCGCCCGUGUUGACAGGGUUUGAUUAUCAAGAGGCCACGGGGCUGGGCACUUCUACCCAGCCCUUGACAUCCAGCGCUUCGUCUCUCACUGGCUUCAGUAACUGGUCAGCCGCCAUCGCACCUUCUUCCUCCACCAUCAUCAACGAGGACGCCAGUUUCUUUCACCAGGGAGGGGUCCCAGCCCCUUCAGCUAACAACGGUGCUCUGUUGUUUCAAAAUUUCCCCCACCACGUCAGCCCUGGCUUUGGAGCCAGCUUCUCCCCUCAAAUCGGGGCUCUGUCCCAGCACCACCCACAUCACCCUCACUUUCCACAUCAUCACAGCCAGCAUCAGCAGCAGAGGAGAUCUCCCGCCAGCCCCCACCCCCCGCCCUUCCCACACCGGAAUGCCGCUUUUAACCAGCUGCCACAUCUGGCCAACAAUCUUAACAAACCCCCCUCUCCCUGGAGCAGCUACCAGAGUCCCUCUCCAACCCCAUCUUCCUCCUGGAGCCCCGGAGGUGGCGGUUAUGGUGGUUGGGGUGGCUCCCAAGGCCGCGAUCACCGCCGAGGCCUGAAUGGGGGCAUCACGCCUCUGAACUCCAUCUCGCCCCUGAAGAAAAAUUUUGCAAGCAAUCACAUUCAACUUCAGAAGUACGCUCGCCCCAGCUCAGCCUUUGCUCCUAAAUCCUGGAUGGAAGAUAGUUUGAACAGAGCUGACAACAUUUUUCCUUUUCCGGAUCGCCCCAGGACAUUUGACAUGCAUUCACUGGAGAGUUCCCUCAUUGACAUAAUGAGAGCCGAAAACGAUUCCAUUAAAGGUCGUGUAAACUAUUCAUACCCAGGAUCCGAUAGUUCUCUGCUUAUUAAUGGUCAGUCCUCGCUGUUCCCCAUGGAAGAUGGGUUCCUGGACGACGGCCGCGGGGACCAGCCUCUGCACGGCGGCCUGGGCUCGCCCCGCUGCUUCCCGCACCAGAAUGGGGAGAGGGUGGAGCGCUACUCCCGCAAGGUGUUCGUGGGCGGGCUGCCCCCCGACAUCGACGAAGAUGAGAUCACUGCUAGCUUCCGUCGCUUUGGCCCUUUGAUUGUGGAUUGGCCUCAUAAAGCUGAGAGUAAAUCCUACUUUCCUCCUAAAGGCUAUGCAUUCCUGCUGUUUCAAGACGAGAGCUCUGUGCAGGCGCUGAUUGACGCCUGCAUUGAAGAGGACGGCAAGCUCUACCUGUGUGUGUCCAGCCCCACUAUCAAGGACAAGCCCGUGCAGAUCCGGCCCUGGAACCUGAGCGACAGCGACUUUGUGAUGGACGGCUCACAACCACUUGACCCACGAAAAACCAUAUUUGUGGGUGGUGUUCCUCGACCCCUGCGAGCCGUGGAGCUCGCAAUGAUAAUGGACCGGCUGUAUGGCGGCGUCUGCUAUGCUGGCAUUGACACAGACCCUGAGCUCAAGUACCCAAAAGGAGCUGGGCGCGUUGCCUUCUCUAAUCAACAGAGCUACAUAGCUGCUAUCAGCGCCCGCUUUGUUCAGCUGCAGCAUGGAGAGAUAGAUAAACGGGUGGAGGUGAAGCCAUACGUGCUGGACGACCAGCUGUGUGACGAGUGCCAGGGGGCCCGCUGUGGGGGGAAGUUCGCCCCCUUCUUCUGCGCGAACGUCACCUGUCUGCAGUAUUACUGUGAAUAUUGCUGGGCGGCCAUCCAUUCCCGCGCCGGCAGGGAGUUCCACAAGCCUCUGGUGAAGGAGGGAGGGGACCGCCCUCGGCACAUUUCAUUCCGCUGGAACUAAAGGGGUGCCUGACUGACCCGCCACGCCGGCACUGUCCUGUCCCUCUGACCCUCCCUCAGCCUCUCCACGCUGGCAUGUCUUCGUAGCAGUGUGUAACCUAACGAUAGUAUAAUGAAAAAAGAAUGGCCUCUAUAACGUAGGUGUUUCGUAGAUUCCUGGACGGCUAGACAGUCUGUAGGAGCUCCUUUUCUUUCCUGUUGCCAUCAUGGUUGGUGUAUGAAGUUCCCAUUCUCUUGGUUUCCCCCAGGACCAAGCGAAUCCAAACUUCCUGCAGCAUUUUUUCUUAGAGGAGAAAGAGAACUAUUAACAGAGAAAUGAAACAAUAGAGUAUUUUGGGUUUUUACUUAAAUUAUUGUUAAUAAUAUAACAUAUAAGAAUACUUUUAUUAAAAUAACCAUGCAACAAUAACACUAUUGAUCUGUCCAGACACAAUAUUCCCACCGGGGAAGUGCUUUUGCCUUUCGUUUGUUUGUUUCCUUCUUGUUCUUUUUUCAUUUCCUUGUCUCUCCUCUUUUUUUUUUUUUUCCUUUUUCUCUUCUUUUUCCUUUUCUUUCAUCUCUCCCCCCUCCCCACCCCGCAUCCUGUCCUAUUCUUUGAACAGCCAUGGAGGAAGUGAAGUGAGCGAUUAUUCGCCAGAAAGGGCAUGGCAAACAACAGAUGCAUAAGCAAGACUUCAACAGCCUCGUGAUUGAACUUUAAGGCUUUUGAGGCCAAAUAGAGUUUUAGUCGGCCUCCAAGUUAUUAUGACAUGAGGAAAAAUAGUAAAGUAGGCAGAGCUAGGUUUAUUUUCUUUUAAAUCCUUUUUCUUUUUCCCAUUCAGAAUGUGUGGACUGGCGGGGUUCUGGUGAGUUAGCACACUGUUAACCCUGUCAAGUCGCCUCCCUGACACCUACCAAAGCUGGAGCUAAGGACAGCUGGGGGGAGGGGAGGGGAGCUUGAGUUUCCUCCCCUUGAAGAGCCAAUGUAGGAAUUUUUCUUUUUUGAUGUUGUAUAGAAACUUUAAUUUCCUAACACUCAUCAGUGGCAGGCAGCCUUUGCUCUCUCCAUUUUGACAUUUAAAAAAGCAGCAAAUCUAGACAUACCUCAAGGAUAUCUUUUCUUUAAUUUUUUUUAAAAUUGUGUUACAGUACAGUGGUAGCCAAAACCAGAAGCAAGAGGAAAACAACAACACUAAAAACAAGAAAAAAAAAAACAAAACACAAAACAAAACCAACUAACCCAACAAAAAACCACCAUACCGAUUGGCUCGGAUUGGCUUCCUUUCAGAUUUCAAGUUACUUCAGAUAUCCUGUAAUUAAGUUGUAACAUAGAAAACAACAACAAAAAAAGUUAAGAAGUCAAGUAGUCACAAAGUGUUUUUUUUUUGUUUUGUUUUUAGUUUUUGCACUGUGAACAAGUUAACCGUGUAAAUGUGUGCAAAGGUACAUGUAUUGAUCCCACUCUCGUAUAAAAUAACAAAGCAGUACAGUUCCAAACUUAGCAUGGGCCAUUGUCAGUGUCUAAAGUGCCAACUUGAUCAGUAAUGCAUGCUUUCUUCUUAAUAAUCUUCUAGCUUUGAAAGGCGUUCUUACAUGUUAAUUUUGCAUAGCCUCUUGAAGCCCUCUAAGUGAGGAAAAUUAUCACUUUUCUUUUACUUGACAUUCUCUUCUGAGAGACCCCAUCUGUCAUUCAAAAGGACGAUGUGAGUGUUCAGACCAUUGCACAAACAACCCCCAUAGCCCGGAGGCGAGCUUGCUGCUGGUAAGCCACCCACUGACCUGAUACCAUCUUGGAUUCUGCAAAACCAAAGACUUGGCCCAGCAUGGCUGUGGAACCGCCUGGCUGACGACCCCUAGUGAUUGUCUUUAGGAUACGGUGUCCCGUCCUUCCCUUUGGAGGACCGGCUGGUCACCAUGUUUCCCGUGAGUUCCCAGGUGCAAGUCUCCCAUGAAACCCAAGGCGUGAGGCCAGGAUUUGAGGGUGUUCUUGAGUCGCUGGCCAGGGACUCUCUUUUCUUUUCUCCUGAACCCCAUGAUUCUUCUUAGAAUGUUGAAUUGCCUCUUUCCCCCCCCCCCCCUUUCUUUUAGUGCUUUGGAGGGGGCUUGAGAUUGUCGAUGUUUCUAGAAACAGCGACAAAGACCUAACCGGAACUAACACUGUUUGGGAACUAGCUUUGAAAUAAUGAUUUGGUUUGUUUGUUUUUCCUUUUUUUGUUUCCCUUUGUACAUGACCUGCUGACUUUCGGUACAGUGUUUUUUGUAGCUAACUUAUUUUGUCAUGCACAUAAUGUAUAUUUGUUAUGCACUACUUUUGUAUAUCUUGUUUUUCCAACAGUGAACAUUUUUAGGCCCACUUUUCACUGACGGGAUAUCUCUUUAUGCAAUACCUCAAUUUUUCAUAUUGCAAAGAGUAGCUUUUUGUACUUUUUAUUACGGAGAGAUCUUCAUAUACUUCAUUUUUUAAUAUAAAUAAUUUUAAUAAAUUUUAUUUUCUUAUAUUCUGCUUUUUAUACAUUUCAGUGCUCUGCAUACAUUUUAAAUGAUGAAUGUUGUGCACUGGUAAUGCUAUUUUACCGUCUGCGGAGGAGAGCAUGUUUAAACACAGCGGUGCACCUGUCAUUUAAGAAAUAGUCUAUAUAUAGAGUCACAAAUUAAUGGGAAAAUUUUUUUUCGCAUGAAAAUGACAGAUAACACUGUAGUUCCAGAAACAAAGCAAAACACAAAACAAAAUUAAAAAAAAAAAGAAAUGUAUAAGCCUAGGGUAGAAAUUUAAAAUGACAAAAUUGUCUACAGCUUAAUAAGUUUUUUUUUUAAAUAAAAGAUUCCUAAAAUGCAGACAUUUUUUUUUGGGGGGGGUGGUUGAAUGUUUAGCCAUUUUUAAAAAAAAUCUUAAUAAACUGAUGUUAAGUGUUUGAUUCUGAGAUGUCUGCUCUUUGAAAUGAUCUAUUUAAAUUUUUAAAAAAUAGCCUGCCGUGAGACAGGUGUGUAAUGUUAGUGUGCAUGACUAAUGUAAGAACUUGUUAAUUCUACUAAUACUCACUUGUGAUUGUGUGACAAGCGUGUUUACAGAUGAUGUGGUUCCGCGUGGCUUUCCCAGGGCAUCCACGAUGAUCAGCUAUGACUCUGAACUCCCCCCCCACCCAGCACAUGUCCUUGGAUUACAUGGGGUCCUGCUUUUUUUGGGGGGGGGGUCACCAUGUAACGAAACAUAAUUGACAUGUAAUUAGUUUACAGUUUUUAGGGUGUCACUUCCAUUUACCUAGCAUGUCCUAUAGCGGCACUCGCAUGGCAGAAGCUGUGUACUUACAAUGUAGUUACAGAGUAAUGACAUGGUUAUUUUUGCAAUGUAAAAUAAAGUGUUUCUGAUUUAUUUUCUAUGUAAACGAGCCCCUCCCCCUCCCCUUCCCCUCUUGGUCCUGGCCCUCCUCUCCCCACGCUUUGGUAUAAUAUCUUCUCCAUACACAGACCUCUGCAGAAUGCAAACAGAAAAAAGAAACUUUAGCAUUUGAUGAGAAUGCUGUUGGAAAAACUUGAUAAUUCACCCCUUUUGUUUUUGAAGAGUCGCUAUCUUCUGUUCAAAGGUGAUUGAAAACUUGAAUGUGAUGAAUUGUGGCGAGUUAAACUUCAAGGUCCGUGCAAUACUUAUUUCAGACUUUUUGAAAGAUCUUUGCAGUGUAAUUCUUUGUUUUUAAUUGCAGACAUUUAAAAAAUGUCGUUUUCUACUGUUAGGAGUAAAUCCUCUUUCUUGCUGGUGUUUCUAAAGAAAAGAAUCAGAAAUCAAUCUUUCUACUAAUGUAAAUUUGAGAUUAUUUUUAAAAAAACAAAGGAAUAAAAGAGGUUUUGGUCAUUUGCUUUAUUUUAUUAUCUUCUUUUAAAGCUACUGUGAUUGAUAGCAUUGUAAGAAUUGGGGCAAUAUUGUAUUCAACUUUUAUUUUUUAUAUUUUUAAAAUUUAAAGUAUAAUUAGUUUUUAUAAUUUUCAUCAGAUUUUUGUUAUAUUUUUUGGAAGUGAAACCUUUAGGAAGUGGGUGUCUAGUUUUUACUAAUCCCUAAUUUUUUCCCCCAGCGUAUGGCUCAUAUUAUCAGAAGGAAAAGUUAUUUAAGUAUGUCAGUUAAUUGUACUACUUCGCCGGAGUUCCAUAUCGUUUUUAUUGUGUAUGGGGAGGUUGUAGUAUUUAUUAUAGCAUUUUAAAUAAGGAUAAUUCAUUUUUUAUUAAAGUCAUUUUCACGUUAAGUUCCUAUUUUUGUAUGUUCUACUCUUAAGUUAUAUAACACAGUUCCUUUUUUAAAAGAGUUCAUUUGUUGAAGUGCUAGUGGAAAAAAUUAAUGUUAUUAAAUAGUUUGCAAAUGACUAUUUAUACCAGUAUGCAUAUAAUUUUUAAAUAUUUGUAAUGUGAGAUGUUGAAUGAAUAAAACUUUUAACUCA